UGUGAGAACUUAAACAGAUGAAGUCAGCCACUGGAACAAUGAAAUCCCUCAACCCUAACCCCCUAAUAUGUAAAUUAGAGCGUGUAGAAGAGGGAGAUCUGGCUUUCUCUGGGUCGUGUUUGAACUAUCGAUUCACCAAAACAGGAUUUAAGACGGUUUUACCCAUGGGUCAGAAAGGCUCGAGAGAGCAACUCUUCCCCGGGGACAUUGUGGAGUUCCCCAGGAACAAAUAUUUCUCCCAUUUUGCCGUGUUCUACGGCGAGAGGGAUGGGAUCCCCUACGUGGCCCACCUGACCUGCCGAGACUCAGACUCCAAACACGUCCUGUACGGGAGGGCGAUGCGGUCGGCAGUGAGGCUGGACCCCCUGGAGUUGAUGGGGAAACGAUACAAGGUCAACAACAUGUUGGAUGGCGCCUUCCCGGCAAGAGACUUCCACACGGUGGUGAAGGAGCUAAUCGACGACGCACUCGGUAAGGAUGUGACCUUCGACAUCCUCUUCAACAACAGCGAGCACCAGGCCACCCAGCUACGCUACGGGGUCAAAAGGUCACAGCAGAUAGAGACGAUCUACGAACACAUCAUGCCCGCUUGGAAGAAGCUCUUCAAGCACAACAGCCUUUGAAGACACCCCACAGCAGGGGGCGACUUGGCAACAUGGAUUUACCCUCUUUCACCGUUCUUAAAGAAAUCCCAGACUCGGCCACUAGGGGGGAUCAAAGUUCAACUGGUUUGUGUGUGUCAAGUGUGACAAAUGUUAACAGGUAUUGUCGAAAAAAGCAAUUUAGCUAUUUUAAGAAUUCAAUCUUUCCCUUGAAAAUAUAUUUUAAAGCAAACAUAAAUGAAUACAAUUAUAAUGUAUAUAAUAAUUAGCAAAUAUAAAAUAAUAUACCAAAUUUCAUUUUUGAUAACAUUUUAGAUUUUGAUAAAAAUAUAAUUUUAACAAAAUCAUAAUCUGAUGCGCCGUUUCAAAACAUACUACAUGAACAGCUAAACUGGCUAAGUUGCCAUUGCCUAUGGGUCAUUUUAAGCUAUUGCAACCCUGAGAAGUAAAACAUUUGAUCUGUACGGACAAGAGAUGUGUUUGGAUGUUACCGGUGUAAUAUUGUCCCUGCAAUUAAAUGGCCCCUAUCACACCACCUGCUGUGAGUAUCAUAAGCUGUUACAAGCCGUGGGAAAAUCUGCCUUUUCCUGUGUUUUAGUGACGUCACAGUUGGGCCUGUCCACCUAGAUGUAUGCUGGAUAGAUGAGCAACGUUUGCUACGGUCCACUGGGAAGGCUGGUGGACCGAUUUAUUCAGCAUAUCUCAAGGUGGACUUGUGAUGUCACUAAAACAGAGGAAGAGGUAGAGUUUCAAAACGGCUUGUAACGGCUAAUCACACUCACACCUGGUGGCAUAAUAUCACCCUUUUAAACACAUUAUAUAGGCCAGGGCAUCAAGUCCGCGGAACGGAAAUCAAUUCUAAAAAAUCAAUAAAGAACUUUCUCAUUUUCUGGCUUGAGUAAGUAAGUAAGUUACAAAUACAAAAAUCAAGAAAGAAUAUAUAAUACACUGUAGUGUCAUGGCUAACUUAUCAUUCUAUCUGUGUCUCAGCGUCUCAUUCCUGCUUAUGUUUUGUUUCCAUUGAACCGUAAUAAAAGUUAUAAACGUGAUGAUAUCAUGUCUAUAGAGCGCAACAGUGUGGUUCCCGAAGUAAAUAUUCCAUACAUUUUCUCCAUAGUGGUUUCUUCCACAGAGGUUUGUGGGACAUCGGACGUUCACACAAACCUCCCUGGAAGAAAUAGGACACAUCUCCCCAGAACAGAUAAGAAACAGCUCACCGACCAAGGCACCUUAAGGGUCAAAGGUCAAGGGUCAAAGGUCUUUGAAAGAAAACAUGUAUUAACCACCCCUUCCCAGGAGAGUAUUGUUGGCAGGACUUUUUUAUCAGUCGUCAUGUAGAAAAUCAUAAGGGGUUCAACCCUUAUGAGUUUCUACAUGACUGAUAAAAAACGACAGUGUUUCCCCCAAUGUUUUUUUCAUAACGACCGUAAAAAAACGACAGUGUUACCCCUUAUGUUUUAUUUGACGACAACCGAUAAAAAAAAACUGUUAACCAUUGCUUUUUAUCUGUCGUGUGGAGGGUUAGGGAUAGGGUUAGGAAAGACGACAGUUUUACCCCUUAUAGUUUUUUUCAUGACGAAAAAACGACAGUGUAACCCCUUAUGGUUUAUUUGAUAAAAACGACAGAUAAAAAAACUGUGUUACCCCUUACGUUUUUUUUCACGAACGAUAAAAAGCAACAGUUGUCGUGUUUUUCUUCAUGAAGACCGAUAAAAAACAACAGUGUUACCCCUUUUGUUUUAUUUGAUAAAAAACAACAGUGCUAUCCUUUAUGUUUUAUUUGAUGACGACUGAUAAAAAAAGACAGUGUUACCCCUUAAGUUUUAUUUCAUAACGGCAUAAUAAACAACAGUCCUUGAUAAAAAAUCGUCAUGGAACAAACAUAAGGGCAGUGAUAAAAAAUAAAACUACAUCGUUACCGCUUAUGCUUUAUUUGAUAAAAAAAACGAGUUAUAUAUCGGUCGUUUUUUUCAAGAUGACCGAUAAAAAUAACGGUGUUACCCUAAAUUUAUUUUCAUGAUGACCGAUUAAAAAUGACACUUUUACGCCAUAUGUUUUAUUUAAUAAAAAAAAAACAAUAAAGACUGUGGAAAAAGACAGUGUUCCCCUUGCGUUUAAUUUGAUGACGGCUGAUAGAAAAAAUACAGCCCUUGUUUUUUAUCAGUCGUGUUUAGGGUUAGGGAUAGGGUUACGAAAGACAACAGUGUAACCCCUUAUAUUUUUUCAUGAC